CGGCCUGAAGUGCGGCCCUCGGGGCUUCCCUCUCCUCUCCUCCCUUCUCCUGGGGUCUCCCCUUCCCGUGGGUGUUAGUUCUUCUCCUCCCCGGGGUCUGGUCUCCCCUCGGGGUCUUUCCUCCCAAGGUCUACUCUUCCUGGGGGUUCCUUCUCCCCCUCCCCGGGAGUCUGGUCUCCCAUCCCCCUCCCGGGUCUCCCCUCUCCGGGGGUCUCCCCUUCCCGAGGAUGUCUUCUCCCCCUCCCUGGGGGGCGGUGUCUGGUCUCUCCUUCCUCUCCCUAGAGGUCUCCCCUCUUCCUUUCCAGGGGUCUCUCCGCCUUCUCCCGAGGUUCCGUCCUCUCGGCCUCACUCAGCCCCCGCCCGCUCUCUCCUCCUCCGGGCUUUGCGCCGAGAGCGGUGCUGCACCUGAGCACCCUUUACCGGACCCCGCACCUGGCGGCGGCCCCGGGGUUGCGGGGAGGGCCAAUGGGGGUGCGGGCGGGAGCUGGCGAGGCUUCAGACACCGCGGGCCACUCGGUUGGACAGUCUACGCUCUCCCGGUGCCUGAUCCUCGGGUCAGAUCUGCGGAGGAGCCGCCGCUCCACGAGCCCCUGGGGGUCCUGGCUCUGCGAGCCGCUCCCUGGUUCCCGUCGGACCUCACCCGUGGUCCCCGUUCACGGUGUCGUCCAGGUGUCAGGCGGCCCCGCCAGGUUCCAGGUCCCCUGGGAAAAGGACGCACGACGUGAGCCCCGAGUUUCCGCGUGAUUCGGGGACAGCCCGUCAUCCAGCUCCGGGGAGCCGCUACGAGGAGGGGGGCCUCGUGGAGGGUCGCUGCCUGUCACGGGGACAAGUAUCCCGUGAAUGACUCUAGCGCUUUCCUAAGGGUGGGAAGAUGCAAGGAUCCGGUCUGUAAAUGUUGUUCCUAAAGUGUAAUCGUCGAAGGGCCUGUUUUCCCAAAGCGCCAGGCCUCAUUCCGUUCUGGGUCUGCGCUCCCCUCGGGCUGCGCUGUGUGCGCCCGGCACCCCAUGGCUGGCCGGGGGAACCGGAUGGCGAAUAACGUAACUGAGUUCACAGCCUUUUUAUACGUUUUUCUAAUCAUUUUUUCGGCCAGAGCGGCAUACUGUUUUACUGGUCCCAAAUUUCUUUUAUAAUAUAAAUUUUUGAAAAGACAUUGUCUCAGUGAUUGGAUUAUUAACGGAAUACUGGGUUUUUGUACAGUUUAAUUAACAUUAAAUACUUUAAAACUUUUUAUUGUCCGUAAGAAUUUUCUUCUUUCCUUCCUCUCCCCCUUUUUUUAACUCAUUCUCCCAUUUUACUGAUUAGAAGUGAACCAUAAAUUGUAUUGUAAGUGCUUAUAAGUGCUUUAUCUUUUAAGAAAUAGACUUUACGUCAUCUAACUUGUUAAAGUGUAAAAUAGGCUUUUCAGGUAAACUCCUCCACAGAUUACAUUGAGGUAGAUCGCUUCCACUGGGGGUUUCUUUGCUUCCUUGGAUCUUUCCACAAGUUCCCCCCUUUGUUUCCCGUUUUGUGCCUGACCUGGAAGUUCUGGUGGCAUCAGGAAGAGAUACUGCAAACAACCCUCCUGCUUUCCUUUUUCCAGAGGCCCUGCACCCGCUAACCCUGAUCCUGCCCCAUCCAAGCGGCUCGCUCUGGAAUUCCUGCCUGGAGCUCCCAUACCAGCUGAAAAUGCGUAUCUCAAAGGCAAGCCCGACUUAGCAGGAGUCUUUGGCCUGCCUUGCCCUGUCCCUGAAGUCGGAUCAUGAAGGUGCUGGGGAGAAGCCACCUGUGGGUGUGGCUCCCGUUCCUUCACCUGCUGGCCAGUGGCGCGGAGCACGAGGAAGCGGUGAGACACGCCAUCGAGUUGCACCGGCGCCAAGGGGCGGCCGUCACCCAGAGGAGACAGUGGGUCCUGGACGGUUGCAGAAAGCUCUCCGGGCUUCUUCGCCAAAAGGCUGUGGUUCUUAACAAACUGAAAAGUGCAGUCAGAGCAGUGGAAAAAGACGCCAGCCUUUCGGAUGAAGAGAAGCUGUUUCAGGUGCACAUGUUUGAAAUUUUCCAGAAAGAGCUGAAUGAAAGUGAAAACUCAGUCUUCCAGGCCGUCCAUGGACUCCAGAGAGCCCUGCAGGGCGACUACAGGGACGUGGCCAACGUGAAGGAGAGCAGCAGGCAGCGCCUGGAGGCCCUGCGGAAGGCAGCCAUCAAGGAAGAGACGGAGUAUGUGGAACUUCUGGCAGCAGAAAAACAUCAGGCUGAAGUUCUUAAAAGCAUGCAGCAUCGGAACAAAAGUUUAUCCCUCCUGGAUGAGAUCCUUGAGGACGUGAGGAAGGCGGCAGACCGUCUGGAGAAGGAGACGGAGGAACGCGCUUUCGACGACAAUAGGUCGGUCAGAGGGGUCAACUUUGAGGCAGUUCUGCGGGUGGAAGAGGACGAGGCCGGCUCCAAGCAGAACCUCACGAACCGGGAGGUCGAGGAGGACCUGGGCCUGAGCAUGCUCAUCGACUCCCAGAAUAACCAGUACAUCCUGACCAAGCCCAGGGACGCCACCAUCCCGCGGGCAGACCCCCACCUCAUCAAGGACAUCGUCACCAUAGGGAUGUUGUCCUUACCAUGCGGCUGGCUCUGUACAACGAUAGGACUGCCGACCAUGUUUGGUUACAUCAUCUGUGGCGUGCUUCUGGGGCCCUCCGGACUCAACAGUAUUAAGUCAGUUGUGCAGGUGGAGACGUUGGGAGAAUUUGGCGUGUUCUUUACUCUCUUCCUCGUUGGCUUAGAAUUUUCCCCAGAGAAGCUGAGAAAGGUGUGGAAGAUCUCCCUGCAGGGGCCCUGCUACAUGACUCUGCUCAUGGUGGCCUUUGGCUUGCUCUGGGGCCACCUUCUGCAGAUCAGACCCACCCAGAGCGUCUUUAUCUCCACCUGCCUCUCCUUGUCGAGCACACCCCUGGUGUCCAAGUUCCUUGUGGGCAGCGCUCGCAGCGACAAGGAAGCAGGCGACAUCGACUACGGCGCGGUGCUGCUGGGGAUGCUGGUGACGCAGGACGUGCAGCUGGGACUGUUCAUGGCUGUCCUGCCCACGCUCAUCCAGGCGGGAGCCGGCGCACACGCCAGCGUCGCCAUGGAGAUCCUGCGGGUCCUGGGCCUGGUCGGGCAGGUCCUCUUCUCGCUUGCUGCGGUUCUCCUCUUCUGUCUUGUCGUGAGGACCUACCUCGUGGGACCGUACUGCCGGAGGCUGCACGCGGAGAGCAAGGGGAACAAGGAGGUCCUCAUCCUGGGAAUCUCCGCUUUCACCUUCCUCAUGCUGACGUUGGCAUCCGUGAGACGCUUGUGGGUGUUUUAUCCGCGCACAGUCGUGCUGCCUGGCGCUUCUACCCGCGCUCUAGGCUCUCUGCUGGGAUGGUGUUUGUGAGUGUGCAACCGUGCGAGUGUGUCUUAGACGCUUUGCAUCCGAAGUAAGAAUCACAGUUUAAAACGACUUUUUGUUCUGUUUGAUGAGAACAAGCUAGUGAGCAGCAUAACUUCUUUCACUGUAACGUGAAAAGCUCACCAUAGAGGCUUGUUUUGGAGGCGGCCGUCCCAGUUAAGGGACAGGCUUCUCAUGGGAGAGCAGGGGAGGGGCUGGAGACCCCGUAAACAGUCCCAGCUCUGGGGGCAUCACCUGCACGGAAGAGCUGCGCCCCUCGACGUGCGCCGGAGAAGUGAAGACCCGUGUUCACGUGGAAACUGACGUGUGAGCGUGACAACAGCUGUGCUCCCAUCAGCCCAGACCGCCCAGAUGGCCUUCCUCAGGCGCGUAGUUCAGCCAGCCACGGCCCUCCACGCCAGGGCAGCCACCCAGCUUUGAACCGUGGGUCUGUGAGUCGCCGGAGAGCUGUGCUGACUCGAAAAGCCGGUCCCCAAGGUCAGGCGCUGCGUCCCUCCACCUGCGUGCAGUUCGUGAAGACAGAUCAGAGACGGGGGAAGGCCGCUGGCCGGGUGCUGAGGAGGGAGGUGGUGGGGAGGACCCCGGAGGUCACGGCGGCCCACGUGGCUCCACGGUGUCACAUCCACGGGGCUCGUGCUGUGACUUGGGAAGAUGCUGCCGUGGGGGAGCCCGGGGGAAGGUACCGGGGUCUCUGGAUGACUUCGUAGAACUGCACAUGAGCCUACAGUAAGGUCAAGAGAAAAGUUUAAUCCUAUAAAGGACACUGAGGAAAAGAACUUCCUUACACAGUUGCGUUGCCUGCUAGUGUCUCGUAAUCUUGGGAGAAGACUGAGGUUUGCUUUUGCUCAGAGCCGUUCACGUAUGUGACCGACUUCGGUUUUGUGCGUUGUUCCAUCCCAUCUGGAGUGUCCUCUCUGGAAUGACACCCAGCAGAGCGCUCUGACCCGGCGCUCCGUGCUGCCACCUAGCGGCACUUGAGCCGAAGCAGCCUCGCUCUGCGGCCCGUGUGUCCCGAGCGCCUGCGCGGGUUCCGGGCGCCGGGGGAGGCAUCUAGCGUCCGAGGCCGCCGCUCGCUCGCGCCGUCUGUGCUUAGACGUUCCGGGCCGUGGGAGUGAGGCUGGACGUGCGGGUCUAGGCCCGGGCCGUGUGGGCCUGCGUGACCGCAGCUGGUUUCCCCAGGUGGCCGUGCCCUUCUCCCCGCCCAGCACGUUUCAGAGGCUGACCCCAAGCUGUAGCCCGUGCCAGUGCUUCAUUCCUUCCCACGGCUGAAUGGUAUUCCUUGUCAGAUACAGUUUUGCUAAUAUCUUGUAGUUUGUGACUUGCCUUUCACUCUCUUGACGACGUGUUUUUGAACGGAAGUUCCUAAUUGUAGCGUGGUGCUGUGAUCGUUCUUUAAGGGCAGCACUUCAGGGUCCUGCGUGACGCGUGUUUUCCGGCUCCAGGUCACGGAGAUGCUGUGUGUUGUCCUCUGGAAACGCACUGCUUUCUUUUCUCACUGAGACCUGCCAUCCACGGGAGGCGAGUUAGCGCGGGGUGGAUGGCCGUGGUCAGGACCUGUUC